AUGAUGACUUUGUUUUGGUAUGCUAGCUUCAUAAUUAUACUGAUUUCUCCUCUUAAAGCUGAUAAUUGUGUGGAGGUUAAAGGACAACUAAUCCUAGUUAUUUUUGAGGAUGAACUCGAUGUUCGUCAGUGUAGUCAAAGAGUAUUUGGCUCUCACAGUAAUCGAAGUUGGUAUAGAAGUGAUGGUAAGACACUCAUCUCAAUGGAUCAGAACUCUAGGGUUCACCAGUACAGAGAGAUGCUUUGGUUUGCUCCAGCUGCUGAAGAGGAUACAGGAUAUUAUUACUGUAUUGAAAGAAAUUCUACCCAUUGCCACAAAGAGAGAUUCACGAUAAACAUUUUGAAGAAAAAUCCUGGAACAUGUCAUAAUGAACAAAAUGAUUAUAGACAAAGAUUACCUCUGGGACCAGGUGGCUUCAUUGUGUGUCCCCAUUUGGAUAUUUUUAAAGAUGAAAAUAAUAAUCUACCUAAAGUACAGUGGUACAAGUGUUUCUUGAAUAGAAUCCCCAAUUUAACCAAAACGAACCCCAGUACAGAGGUUUCCAGGCUUAACAUUUCCAAAGUGCAAAGUAAACAUUAUCUGUACCCAUUUAUCUGUUCGGUUAAAAAUAAUGUUGGUGAAGUUUCAGCAUAUAUUGCCUUGAUACCACCAGUUCCGAAUUAUAAGAUAUACCUGAUUGCUGGAUUCAUCACUUUGACAUUAGUAAUUACAUUCUCCAUGAUUAUCUACAAAAUUUUCAAGGUUGAAAUUGUGCUUCUGUAUAGGGAUUCUUGCCAUCCUUAUUUCCUGAAAAAAGUUUCAGAUGGAAAACUCUAUGAUGCAUACAUACUAUAUCCAAAAAAUUUUGGAGAAGGGUCUACCUAUACCUCAGACAUAUUUGUGUUGAAAAUCUUGCCUGAAGUUUUGGAAAAUCAGUGUGGAUAUAAUCUUUUCAUCUAUGGAAGGGAUGACCUUGUUGGAGAAGAUGCCAUCAGGGUCACCAAUGAGAGUGUUAUGAAAAGCAGAAGACUGAUUAUUGUCUUAGCGGGAGAAUCAUCAAGUUACAACUGGCUGGGAAAUACAUCAGAACAGCAAAUAGCUAUGUAUAAUGCUCUUGUCCAAGAUGGAAUUAAAAUCAUCCUGGUUGAACUAGAAAAAAUUAAAAGCUAUGAGAAUAUGCCAGAAUCUAUUAAAUACCUCAAACAGAAAUAUGGUGUCAUCCAAUGGUCAGGGGACUUCAUGGAAGAAACCCCGUCUGCAAAGACAAAAUUCUGGAAAUGUGUCAGGUACCAUAUGCCAGCACAGCGGCAUUGGUCUUCUUCCCCAAGGGAACCCCUGGCCUUAGACUCUGUGCUUAACUAUAAGAAGAAACAGCACAUAGCACUUUGA